GUGCUGACUGUGGAGAUCGGGCAUGUGAUUUUGAUGGGACUUGGAAACUCAAGAUACAAAGAUUUUAAUAAUGUUAAUAAUGGGUGAUGUACCAAACCUAUUUCAUUUGUUACGGCCAGCCUGUGUGGCAGUUGCAAAAGACCCAUCAACAAGCAACCUUAAGUAUGCAUUGGAAGCUAUGAAAAAUCAUGUAACAUGCAAAAUUAGUGACGGUGCAUUGUUGCAAUAUGUUACCUUCCCCUUUAAAUUAACUCUAGAAAAGAAAGUGUUGAGAGAGGAGCAAAAAAUUUUGUGUUAUAAAUGCUUACAAUUGGCUUAUAGCAGCUGUUCAAGUUCGGUACUGAAUAAAGAAUUGCUGUUAUGGAAUUUAAAUAUUUUUUCAUUGACUUUUUUUUCAAUUCAUGCAAAAGAGCAAGUGUUAUCCGAGGAAAUCAAGUUGGCAGUUGUCGAGCUACUCAUAACAACAUUCUCCAAUGUUAACAUUACAGAUUUAGAACUACUUUAUGAUGAGAAUCAAUUACCUUUAAUAGGUCAUGUAAUUUCUAUUCUUUUAAAUCUUGUUGAAAACGAGAAAGAUCAGAAGCUACAACUUGCUUCACUUUGUAGUUUAAAACUGGUUUGUGGUGAACAUGUCACAUCAGAAAAAUCUAAAAAAGUUGGACAUUUUUUGUCUUCAUUUUUACCUGGAAUAGCAAUGAUGUUUAAUAGACUUUUUACGAAGAACCAGCUGCAACAAGUUCUUAUCAAAGCAAUAAGUACAUUUUCCCAGGUUAUUUGCUUGACAUUAAAUGACAAUAUGAACCCUUGUGAAACAUCACAAAGUCUGGAAACCAUUUUAAAUCCUUGUAAAACAGAUUGUGCUGAAUGUGAAAAUGAUGGUGGAAAUUUAGAGAAAUCUUUAAAAGUGAACGUAACAAAAGAAUGGAUACAGAAAACUGUUAAAAAUUUGGAUGUUGUUUUUGGAAAUAUCCUUCCUUUGUUGACAUGUAACAGCAAUGUAAAAGUAAGACUGGCACUAGUAGAUUUUCUUGAAAGUAUGUUAACUUGCUGUAUGCAGACAUUGUCGUGUUCUGCUUCAGAAUUUCUGGAUGCUUUAGUUAAGUUGACCAGUGAUUCUUAUGAUAAUGUGAAGUGUGAAAGUGAAAAGGUUCUACAGAUGGCUACAAGAAAAUUUCAAAAUCAAGGUAGAAUUAAGCUGAAGAGUCUUUUGGACGAAAAGUUGUAUGCUCAGUUCUUAUCGUUGCCAAGGAUAAUGAACAGUGCCAAUGAAGAUGUCAAGCUUGCGAAGUUGCAAAUCUUAAAAGGUUAUUUAAAUUUCUAUGGAGAUGUACUGGCUGAUGUUUUGAACUCUUACAAUCAUUUGAAAACCUUUUUGAAGGCUAUACUUCAGGUUUUAAAAUUGGAUCACUCUAACAUUAAUCUUGUUGAAGAAAAAACUGAUAUAAAGAAACUUGCCAUUGACGUCAGUGAAACUUCCAUCAAUCAUAAAAUAAAUAGAAAGCACUUCAAACUGUUCAAUAACAUCAAGAUCCUUACUACAAUAAAAGAUAUAAUACGUUUGCUUGCACGCCAUGGAGAUGUCUAUGUACUUUCCGAUUAUCUUUUGGAGGAGUGUCGAGUAGGUUCUAUAUACAGAGCAGAAGUAAUCUUAGUGCUUAACGAGCUUAUACUUAGCUGCAAAGGUAACAGGGAACUGGACCUUUCAUCCAUCAGUGAGAUGCUCGUAGAAGCAUACCUGGAAGAUAACCUCUGGAAGUUACCAGUUACAAACAAACACUUAUCAUACAGAAGAAACAGUCCUGCCAAUCCCUUCCCAACACUGUCCUAUGAAGACGAUAAUGACUUGGCAAUGCAUUCUACAUAUUCUUCAAUAUCUUUUGAAACCCUUCACAACAAUAUACAAAUUAUCUGUUUGCUAUUAGAGGGGAUUGGUGUAUGUGCAGAAGUGUUGGGGACGAAUUUUAAUGUCUUGUUGAUUAAUACGUUAUACCCUGUCUUGGAGAAGAUUGGGAGCAUCAACGCGGCUGUAAGUGAGACAGCAAUGGAAACUUUAACUGAUAUUGUUACAUUUUGUAAUUACGAGAAUAUUUCAGAUUUGAUACUCAUAAAUGCAGACUAUUUGAUUAACUCAGUUACGAUGCAGUUUCGGCACUUGGUUCAUGGUUCAGCAGCGCCUGCUGUUCUCUGCGUUGUUUUGCGGUUUUGUAGCAAGGACAUGAUGGUGAUCGUAGCAGAUGCAGUUGGAGAUGUAUUUAGAGUUUUAGAUGAUUACCAAGAUGAAGUAGCUGAAGAAAUGCUGAAUGUGUUAAAAUGUUUUGCGGUUGCUGUUAAUAAGUGGUAUACCAAUGACUUCAGCUCUGCUCAUAACAAUGAAUGUAUGGAAAAACCAGGAACAUUGGACUCUAAGAAAGAAAAUAUUACAAGUAUUUACAACGACAAUGUAUCAAUAAAAGAUUUCUUCGAAGAGUAUUGCAGACUGUCUUUGCUAGCUGCAGGAGAUGUGAGUGACAGUGAAGAUGAGAGUGACAAUGAAUAUCCUGGUGUUGAAGAUAAUGGUGGAGUUCAAGAAAAUGAAGAAGAAGAAAAGCCGAAGGAGACACCGCUUCAUUAUCAAGUGGUUGUUAAAUCCCUAAAGAAAUGUGUUACAUACAUUGCUGCGGUUAACGAUAGUAUCAAAUUGAAGACACUUGAUGUCAUCGUACAGGGAGUUACGGCGUUACGCCAGAGAGAAGAUGAUUUGUUACCCGCCCUUCAUGAGUUAUGGCCAGCUAUCAUUCGAAGAAUGAAGGAUACAGAUCAGGUUAUUGUGCUAAAAACUUUAGAAGCAAUUAAUGUUAUGGUCAAGUACUCUGGUGACUUUCUGCGUAAGAGAAUGACAACAGAAUUUCUUCCAUCUGCAGUUAAUUUCUUAGAUAUUAAUAGUAAGAUCUUUACGAAGGACAGAUCAAAGUUUACGCAGUUACAUCGAGUUCAGCAAAAGCUGUUGUCUUAUCUUGGUGAUAUUGUGCCCACACUUGAAGUAUCGAAAGAAGUAUUUUGCGAUGUUGCUACUGUUUGCGCGCGUUACAUCAACUGUCGUUUGCACGAAGCCAUACAAGAGGUGGCAUUGCAAACGCUGCGCAAAUUUUACUGCUACCGACCAGCUGUUAUUUGGAUCCUUCUUCAAUCACUACAAAAUACUGAAGAUCUCACACCACCACACCAUUCAUUCAAAUGUAUUAAACUGUCAAACCGUGCAUUGACGAGGAAUGAAUAUACUGAUAAUAUUGUGAAACUGACCGAUUCCACAAUACAAUAGCUGAGUUAAAAGAUUUUUCUUA